AGUGGUGAAAAUUUGAUUCGGUUGUUUUCGAGGAUUGUCUGAAAAGAGCAGAAAGUUAGAAUUGAAAAAUUUAGUAUUAUGAUAGGAAAUGAUCGAUUUUCCUUUCAAAAAACUGUUCAUUGCUUAGCUCGAGUACUGGCUCGUAUAAAACCGACACCAUGGGAUAAGGUCCAAACCCUCUAUAAAUACUGUCCGCAAGAAAAUGCAGCAGGGGUUUUCUGCUUGGAUUCCAGAGCACAGGAUGCGGUUAUUGCAUUGGGACUGUAUUUUCUUGAAAGUGGUUAUCAAUAUGAGAAAGAAAUCAUCCCUUACUUGCUUAGACUUUCGAAGGCAUUACCGAGAGCAGUAUGGAUCGAUGAUGUCAAGCCCAACAAAAACGACAAAAUACCGAACGCCGAAAAAUUUUGCUUCUGUUUGAAUAGCUUACUUUCGGAUAUUGCGGUCGGAUGCCCAGAGAGUCGUGAUGAAAUAAUUUUGAACCAAGUCGAGGUCUUGGCUGUUCUGACGAACAUGAUCAAAGGAAGCAGGGAAAACAACACUUUACCGCCUAUCUUACUAUGCAAAGCAACAGUUCCAUUGCUUUUGGGCUUAGGAAGAUCAAUGGGACGAUAUGCGACGAGUGAUCCUCCUUUAUUAUGCCGUCUUUUUCCUCGAGAUGUAAUCCCAUCCCCAAAGUCGUUGGAUACAAGCUCUGAUGUUAAGCAAAAUCAUGCAAUUAGCCAAUUUCGUUCGAUUAUUCCUCGUUCUAUGUCGGGAAGUUUAACGGUUGAAUCACCGGAAGAGAAGUCACCUAAGAAGCACACUAAAAAGCUAAACUCUUUCUAUUCUGUUCCAUACGAUCCAACGACGUACUUCUUCUCCAAAUAUGGUUCCAGUUUCAAUCAAUUCCCCAAUAUGCGUUUUUGUGAUUCUCCAGAGCGAAAAAAUCGACUUCAGUUUCCUAUCAGUCAUUUACAGACGAUAUUUGCCCUUGCCAAAAAAUUACUCACUAAAGAAACACUGGAACAUCUUGAUGAACAAGCGGGGGAUAUUUACGCCCUACACCAGAUAAAACCGUACGGGUACAAGAGUUUCUCUGAGACCAUUAAUCUGGUUAUGGUGACUCUAUUGAGAGAAAUUUUGCAGAACCAAACUGAUCUUCCCACCCCAUUUACCAAGGAUGUGCAGGAAUUUGUGAAACGACUGUUCCUAAUUGGCCAAACUGAAUUGCAGAACAAACAGUAUGAUAGUACCUUGGAUAAAGUUAACGAUCCGUCUAAUAUCGUGGUAAACAAGUACAAGAUUAAUGUUAUGGCCAAUGCGGCUUGUGUCGACCUUCUUGUGUGGGCCAUUGGAGACGAAACCGAGGCUGAUAAACUAUGCAGCAGAUUGUACCAAAAGUUGAACUCAGUAUUGGGUCACAAAGUUGUUAUGGAUCAUAUGCCAUUGUUAAUGGUGUGCUUGGAGGGGUUGGGAAAAUUAGCUCAAAAAUUUCCCAACAUCGCCGGAACGUCGAUUUCUUAUCUGCGAGAUUUUCUUGUAGACCCAAGCCCCAUUUUGAUCAAACUACAUGCGCAGUCUCAGGCUCAGAAUAAAAAGGAAAAAGAAAAUGCUCCUUUCAGAAUUGUUGUUCAAGGGUCUGAUUUCAAGGCGUUGGAUCAGCAACCGAAUCAACGGCAUGGACUCACCAAGUCAACACAUGAAGCUUUCGAGGCACUGCGGGAUGCCGCUAUUGAAAAUUUAGCCAUAGCUCUCAAAGCAGCUCAUAUAUUGGACCCGUAUUGCGUGCCUGCUCUUGUGGCCAAUGUAUCUAAUAGGUUAUUCACGGUCGAGAAGCAGGAAAGUGAGUCAAGCCUAGUUUCCCUGAAUAUCAUCGUCAUGUUGGGUCAUGUGGCCGUUGCAUUGAAAGACACUCCCAAAACAACCAACAACAUUCUGCAAUUUUUUAUCCAGAGAUUCUGCAAGGUUCCAUCCGAACAAAAUGUCCUUAUCGUUGAUCAAUUAGGAUGCAUGCUAAUUUCCAAAUGCGAAGCUCAGGUUUUUGAGGAGAUAAUGAAAAUGUUUUCCCGCGUGACAGUGCAAGCAGCUUCGUUGGCUUACUCUACCAAUCCAGAGCAAAGUGUUUACAGGAAAUCCUAUCAUCACGUGUCGGAUGCGGUCGUGAAUGCACUCGCCAAUAUCGCUGCUAAUAUCCAGGGUGAACUCGAAAUGUUAGAUCUGUUGGGAAAGUUACUUGAGCUGUUCGUUCAGAUCGGGUUGGAAGGAGAAAGAUCAUACGACAGCAAUUCUGGUGCACAGAAAGCUAGCUCCAGUGCCGGCAAUCUGGGUAUGCUGAUUCCUGUGAUUGCUGUUCUAGUCCGACGGUUGCCUCCGAUUAAAAAUCCGAAGCAACGACUUCACAAACUGUUUAAGGACUUUUGGCUCUACUGUGUAGUAAUGGGUUUCACCAAUGCCCGAUUGUGGCCCUCAGACUGGUAUCAAGGUGUACAGCAGAUUGCGGCCAAAUCGCCACUACUGAUAUCACAAACUGCGCACCGAUCGGAGAUGCGUGAGUUGAAUUACACAUCUGCCAUACGCUCGGACAGUGUUAGCUUGAAUGAACUAAGAAGUCAAAUUUUAGUUUUAUUGGACCAUCCAGCCGCGGAUAUCACGGCUUGUAUUAAUAAACUUACAUUUGCCCAGUGUACAUAUUUGUUAAGUGUUUAUUGGUUGGAGAUUUUACGAGUGGAGAAUGCGUCCGAACCAAGUUUGGAACCGAUGUUGAACUAUCUUUGUGAUAACGCACUGCUGAAGGAUAAGUACGGUAUGUGGCAAUGUAUUCGCUGUAUAGGUGAUCAAGUAUUUGAAAAGUUUCGAAGUGUCCUGGUAGAACAGGAUGAGUUGAGGGAAAAGGUGUUGGAGUCACAGGCAAUGCUACUACUGGUAUAUUUUAAUCAUAUUCACAAACAGAUUCAGUUAGUGGCAGAUCAAUAUCUGUCACAAUUAGUAGACAAGUUUCCACAUCUGCUGUGGAAUCGUAAAGUGUUAUGGUGCAUGUUGGACGUUCUUCAAUUAUUGGCUUUCUCAUUAACGUUGGAUCCAAACGAAGAAACUCCCACGCUAAGAGUUUCCUCAACUCCGUACACACUGCAGUUAAUGGAUAGUCUCCCGGCAAGAGAAAGUAGGGUUAAAGAUUUCGCAGAUCGUUGUCAAGGUAUCGUCAACGAAGCUAUGAAGUGGGCACCGAAAUCUACACGUAGUCAUCUUCAAGAGUACCCGAAUCAGGUACCAACAACUGCCCUUGCUAAUCACAGUGGAUUAGCAUUAGCGGUGGACUCGAUCCUGCAUACUUGGGUCACGAAUGCCAGUAUUCAAUCGACUUCGAAACGGCCACAUUGCGUUAACAGUGACACAUCCAAAUUUGUAUCGGUUCUAUGUUUGCGUAGUAAAUAUGCGGGAGAAAUAUCUGGACUACUGUCGGUGCUUGAGGAUAAUGAGAAAAAAGGUCUUGCAGAUCGAUUGGUCAAGGAUAUUUGGGACGCUUGCGCUGAAAAAAGUGACGCCCAGCAUCGAGGCGCGCUGUGGAGAGCAACUGCAUAUCUUAUUCUGUGUGCCAGUGCUAAUCGAAAACUGCUGCAUGCGAUUUCUUCAUCCCAAGUACAGCUUUUCACAGAAUCAGCUAUGGAAACGGCAGUUGAAUGUUGGCAGUGGAUAUUGACCGCUCGACAGGAUCUAGAACUAUGCUUUAUACAGGAAAUGGUCACUGCUUGGCAAACGACAUUCGAUAAACGAAUUGGAAUAUUCACGGAAGAGAUGGAUAUAACUAGUCCUUUAGCGGCCUACGAAGGAUGCCGUUUGGUACCGAAACCGAUCAUGGUCUCUCCACAUUCGAUUUGGCUUCAGUUGCUAUCUGAAAUGGUCGAUACCGCCAAAUAUUGCAAUCGAGAUAAAGUUGAAAUGUUUUGCAUGUUGCUCCACCGAUGUCUUCCAUUCAGUCGUGAUUUCAAACAAACAAGACAUAUUUCUACGGUUGGAUGCCGUUUUAAAUUACUUCAGUGUGGUUUAUCGUUACUGCAAGGUAACACAAUUCCAAAAUCAUUGGCUCGCAACAUUUUGAGGGAACGAAUUUAUGCAAACGCUCUGGACUAUUUUUGUGGACCUCAGUUGUGUCCUAGUCAAUCACGCGAAGCACUACUUGAAGACAUAAGCAUUCUUUUGAAAUUUUGGCAAACAAUGAGAAGUGAAAAGAAACAUCUUGUGGCUUCCGAAGUGAGCGACUAUGAUCUGAAUCCCACAUCACAAAACCUUUCGGUGGCUAAAUCUUCCUUGGACACGGUAUCUCUCGCCGGCAGUGAAGUUGCUCGUUCGACUAGUAGCGGAAAUGCUGGUUGGUAUAACACUAUUCCUCAUUCUACAUCGACCUUAUCGAAACGAUCUAAUCGUAUCAAAAGACCACCGUAUCCGAAAGACGCUUACGACAAAGAUUACAUGAAGAAACGAAAUCUCAUUCUGGAACUUCUCGCCGUUGAAAUCGAGUUCAUGUUAAUUUGGGCUAAUCCUUUAGCAACACCUGAAAUGCUCGUUGUUGGUGAGGAAUCUGUUGCCGAGUGGCGGGCUAGACCUAUAAAAUUAAACGUUUGGAGAGAUUACACUCGUCUGGCUUGGUCAUACAAUGCGGCAUUAGCAAUCUUUUUGCCACAACGAAUACGUAAUGCUGAAACAAUUGAAGACGAAGUAACUCGACUCGUCUGUUCCGAUCCUCUGGCUGUUAUUCACAUUCCAGAAGCUCUGAAAUAUCUUGUCACAACGCGAACGCUUUUAAAUGAAACUCCAGAGUUGGUCUACAUGUUGUCGUGGGCCCGAGUAAGUCCAAUACAGGCAUUAUCGUAUUUUUCUCGGCAAUAUCCAACACAUCCGUUGACUGCACAGUAUGCUGUUAAGACAUUGAAUUCGUACCCGGCUGAUGCUGUCCUGCCGUACAUACCCCAGUUGGUACAAGCUCUUCGACAUGACACGAUGGGCUAUGUAACUGAAUUAAUUAAACAUAUUUCCAAACGGUCGCAAAUUGUAGCCCACCAGCUUAUUUGGAACAUGCAGACCAAUAUGUACAUUGACGAAGAAAUGCAUCAUAAGGAUCAGAUUUUGUACGACGGUUUGGAAUCACUGUCUCAAAUUAUCAUCUCAUCCCUGUCUGGACCUGCCAAACGAUUCUACGAACGGGAGUUCGAUUUCUUCGGCAAAAUCACAGCCGUCAGCGGAGAGAUUCGUUCCUUCCCCAAAGGUCAGGCCAGAAAGAAAGCCUGUUUGGAUGCGUUAAGCAGAAUUAAGGUGCAGGCCGGGUGCUAUCUGCCAUCAAACCCGGAAGCCAUGGUUCUCGACAUUGAUUACAACAGUGGAACGCCAAUGCAAAGUGCAGCGAAGGCACCAUACUUGGCACGAUUCCGUGUUCAUCGGUGCGGAAUUACCGACCUGGAAACGAUGGCGAUGGAAGUGUCCAACAAUCCCGACUCUCAACUGGAUGGGCCGAAAUUGAACUCCAUGGGCCCGGAAACGUGGCAGGCUGCCAUCUUCAAAGUAGGCGAUGAUGUGCGCCAAGAUAUGUUGGCUUUGCAGGUUAUUUCGAUAUUCAAGAACAUUUUCCAGCAAGUCGGUCUCGAACUAUUUCUGUUUCCAUACCGUGUUGUAGCAACAGCUCCAGGGUGCGGUGUAAUCGAAUGUGUGCCAAACGCGAAGUCGCGUGAUCAACUUGGAAGGCAAACCGACUCAGGUUUAUACGAAUACUUCCUGCAUCAGUAUGGAGACGAAACAUCAAAGGAAUUCCAGGCAGCACGAAGCAAUUUCGUCAAGUCAAUGGCUGCGUAUUCUGUGAUCGGUUAUCUUCUCCAAAUUAAAGAUCGUCACAAUGGCAAUAUAAUGAUUGAUAAGGAUGGCCAUAUUAUACAUAUUGAUUUUGGUUUUAUGUUUGAAUCAUCUCCCGGAGGCAACAUCGGUUUCGAACCAGAUCUCAAACUAACGGACGAAAUGGUAAUGGUGAUGGGAGGCAAAAUGGAAGCUGCUCCCUUCAAGUGGUUCUGUGAUUUAUGUGUGCAAUCAUUCCUGGCGAUCCGUCCGUAUCAGGAUGCUAUCGUAACAUUGGUCUCGCUCAUGCUGGACACUGGAUUGCCUUGCUUCCGUGGUCAAACCAUUACGCUAUUGAAGCAACGGUUCGUGCCCACUAAGAAUAGCAAGGAAGCAGCCGCCCAUAUGUUGGGCGUCAUCCGCAACUCAUAUCAAAACUUCCGAACUCGAACCUACGAUAUGAUACAGUAUUAUCAGAAUCAGAUCCCAUACUAAAGAUUUUGAUUGUGUGGAACAUUUUAAACGUAUGGAUUACAUAUGGUGUUGAUAUGGUAAAGAGCGGGUUUACUAUAGAAAUAUUUAAUCUUAACCAAAUUUAUUCAAUGUUGUCUUGUAUGUGUUUCCAGGUAUAGUCAAACUUACCUUUGUUAAAUAUUUGUUGACCACCUAAAAUAAAACAAAUCUUACGGAAAAACA